UUUCAUUUUUCUUGAUUCUGCUGCAGCGUCCUCGCUGCACACUGACGCCUGAGCUGCAGUAAUUAACUUAGACGUCAGAGUUUUUUCAUGAUAGUGACUGAACAUGUUUGGGUUUUGGGCAAAAUAAGACAUUAAGUCAAGUCACUCAGGUGGUGUUUUACAGACCAAAUGAUCCAGAAAAUAAUCAGCAAAUGAACUGAUAAUGAACUGAUCAUCAGCUGCAGCUCAAACUGAUUGUUGUUUCUAGUUGAAACAGGCUGAACUCACUUUAUUUACAACAUCUCACUCCUGAAAUCUUCUCCAGUUGAGGCGAUAACUUCCUGAUGUGCAGGAGCUGUUUUAGAAAAUAAGGUUUUUAUGUCAGAGGAUGAAGAACAGUGAGCGGUUCCAGGUGUUUGACCUUUAACCUCCGGCUGCAGGAGCAUGUUUUGUCCAGCAGGUGUCAGUGUGUAACAGCUCUGCUCUGUCCUCAGGUGUUGACUGUUACCUGGUGCGUGAACUCUCCAUGAACAUACGUCCACAGCAACAGGAAUGUAGCUGUGCCUGAAGUGAAACGUGGACCUGAUCUCACCUCAGCUCUUAUCACAUAUUAGACCAGCUCAGAUAUGAGACACAUUAACCCGUCUGUAGAUCCAGUGUCUUCUGAAAACAACAACAACAAUAGAAGCUUUGUCUCUGAGUCACUGCUGGAGCCAUCAGAGCUGCUCUCACAACAGAGACUCCUGCUGGAUGCAGCGAUGCACACACUGUCGGAUUCACUUCUCACUGCUGAAGUUCACGAUGACACCACUUUGGUCAGAGGUCAGAGGUCAGCUGGACCUACAGCCUCACUGAUUGGCUGAAGGAGUGUCCCAGCUGAGCUUCACAUAGAGCAGGCGUCUGAGACCAGGUCCAGAGGAGCGUCAGAGAUGCUGGGUGGAGAUCUGGUCGCCGUGUGGGAGGUGGCGCUGAGUGACGGCGUUUACAGGAUCGAGUUCGCUCACGGCACCACCACCGGGAAACGAGUCGUUACUGUCAACGGACAGGAAGUCAUCAGGAAAGACUGGAUGUUCAAGCUGGUCGGGAAGGAAACCUUCAUGGUGGGAAACUCCAACACCAAAGCCACCAUCAACAUCGAGGCCGUCAGCGGCUUCGCCUACGAGUACACGCUGGAGAUGGGCGGGAAGAGCCUGCAGAAGUUCAUCGACAACCGGGCCAAGACCACCAAAACAUGGCUGCUCAAAGUGGACGGGGAGGACUACAGGGUGGUCCUGGAAAAAGACACAAUGGAUGUUUGGUGCAACGGGCAGAAAAUGGACACAAUGGGAGAGUUUGUGGAUGACGGCACAGAGACACACUUCAUGGUCGGGGAACACGAGUGUUGCAUCAAGGCUAUGAGCAGUGGGAAGAAGAAGAGCGGCAUUGUGCACUAUUUGCUGCUGGACGGAGAGAAAAUACCAGCUACUACACAAUAGUGCUGGACCAGAGUGUUGGAGCAGAGCUGAACUUUCAGAGAGACUCUGAAUGAGGUACUGAGCUGCUGAGCUUCAUGAAGAGGGAUCAAUACUUUUAUUUCUCAUCAUUCAGCUGGGAUUUAUUACACAUUUAGGAAACACAGAUGGAAAGAUGUUCAUGCAAAUUAUAGUAAAUAAACUCUGGAAUAUGCAGUA